UUCAUGAGACAAGCAGUAUGCAAAAUAGAGUCUUGUAAUUACCGUCUCAAGUACGAAUCAUCUGAUGCAUGUUUAGUUUUGUCUUUUAAGUUCGGACACACAAUGGCUAGUCGCGUUUCCUUUCCUUGGGUUUUUGGAUUGUUCUUAAGUGUUGUUUGCGUGGCGAGCGGGGAAUUGAAUGGUACGACUCCUGGACCCAACAGUAGUAGCUACCCGGAACAGACCAUUUAUGGUGCUUUACCAUGGGGUUACAACCCGAGCGCCGCUCCAGACGACCCUACCGUCAACUGUGGCAUCUACAUUUUGGAUUUGGGUCAAUUUUCGGAGCGACUGAUGAAAUACGAGAUUGAGUUCUACCUACACUGUGAUUGGGUGGACGACCGACUUGCCAAGGAAAGUUUCAUGCAACAACGUGCUGGCCAGAUAUGGUUUCCAUACGAUUACCUGGGACAGCCCCUGGCCGUUUGGUCUCCAGACAUAGUAUUCGGCCAGGCAAAGGAUGUGAAGUCCCUCGAAGAAUUCCUUUACGGACGUUGGGACGGGACGGUUACUUUGUUCAGACAGUAA